UCAUUUCUCAUUCAAAUUCAAAACCCUUGAAACUGUAUCUUCUUCAAAUUUCUCUUCGUGAAAAUGUCUGGCCGCGGAAAGGGAGGCAAGGGAUUGGGAAAGGGAGGAGCCAAGAGGCACAGGAAGGUUCUAAGAGACAACAUCCAGGGAAUUACCAAGCCAGCCAUCCGUAGGCUUGCUCGUAGGGGUGGUGUGAAGCGUAUCUCCGGUCUGAUCUAUGAGGAGACUCGUGGUGUGCUCAAGAUCUUUUUGGAGAACGUGAUUCGUGAUUCGGUUACCUACACUGAGCAUGCCAGGAGGAAGACCGUUACUGCUAUGGAUGUUGUUUAUGCUCUUAAGAGGCAGGGAAGGACUCUGUACGGAUUUGGUGGUUAAAUUGUAGAAGUUGUGAAUUAGAUCAGUUGUUAGGUGGUUGAUGUAGAUCUGAUGGAAAUUUCUGUGUUUUGGUUUCUAAAACGUUGUUCUAGUUCUUAAGCUUUGGAUGGUGAAUUUCUCAUUGCAUUUUCAAUGAACAAUGUUCAGUUUCUAGAAA